AUGAAGCUGGUCCAGACUCGAUGCAUUCUCCACUACAAAGCAUCAAAGGACCACCUCUUCAGCCAAGGCCUAGGAGAGAACCCCUUCGAGUACCUCACUUGGCAGAUUUUAAAAGACCACGGGGAAGCUUUUCUUGUUGGCAACCAGCUCAGCUGGGCAGACAUUCAGCUCUUAGAAGCCAUUUUGAUGGUGGAGGAACUCAGCCCUCCAGUGCUGUCCGACUUCCCUCUGCUGCAGGCAUUUAAGACAAGAAUCAGCAACAUUCCUGCAAUUAAGAAGUUUCUGCAGCCCGGGAGUCAGAGGAAGCCACCCCCAGAUGACCACUAUGUUAAGGUGGUCAGGGACGUCCUGAAGUUCUAGUGGCAGCAGAUGUUAGGCUACAGCCAGGAUC